CGAUUAGUCUAGGAUUUCUAUAUUAAAACCUCUAACAAAGAUUGUAAGAUAAAAGUAUCAAAGAUAAGAGCAAAGUAAUCAAAUUGAUAGAGAAAGAGGUUGGAUUAAGUUAGUUGUUUUUCCUUAAUAUUUCCCUAAAUCUAAAAUAAUUUAUAGGAGAAUGUGAUUUUUUCCAGAAAAAUAAAUAAUUAACUUAAGAUAGUUAUUUUAUAUAGGAUAAAAACGAAGAUGUACAUAGAAGAAUAGUGAAGUUGCAAAUGAUGAAUUACUUGCAAAAGUAAGAUUGAAGUGGUGUAGAAAAUAAAAUUAGUAGAAUCAACUCUUAGAGGUGAGAGAGAUAAUUUAUAGUUUUCACAAAAUAUAAUGAAGUUAAGUUUGAUUUGAUCUGGUGGAGGGGACAAGGAUUUCUAAAAUAGAAAACUAAAGUGAAAAUUAAUUUAUUUGAAGUAUUGAUCUCAAGUCGAAAAAUAAAUACAGAAAGGCUUUGUUAUGUAUAUAUUUGAAAUAAAAUAGAAUGAACUUUUGUUGCAAUAAAAUACUGAAGGGAUUGCUAAAUGUAUUUUUACCAUGAUAAAUUUUUCUGAAACUUUGAAAAAUUCUUUAAAUUUAAACCAAUUUUUUUAGCAUUAUGGUUUAUUCAUGCUUAAAAUAUUAAAGUGGUAAUGA